AUGUCAGGAGUAUUUCUCCGUGUCAUCAAAAACUCUAGGAAAAAUGCAUACGGUUUGCAGUCAACUGCGUGCAAAAGCACCCGGAUCGGAAGAGGUCCCAGAAUCAGCUAUUCCACUCUUGCUACCAAGUUGAGAGCGCCCCGUAACUCUCGCAUUUUGAGAGCCUCAAUUCUCACGACAACUUCUGCCUCCGCAGCACUCUUACUGUCGUCGUUUUUGGGGUCAACGCCUGGGGACAUAAGUACGGAUGAAGUGAUGCUUCAUAACACAGUAGACGACUGUUGGAUUGUGAUAGAUGGGGAGGUUUACGAUGUGACGAACUUCAUAGGUGUGCACCCCGGUGGUGCAUCUAAGAUCCUAGAGGUGGCAGGCGGGGAUGCAACUAGGAAAUUCUACUCCAUUCACUCAGGCUCCACUUUAGACAAGAUGAAAGACCAACUUAUCUAUUUGGGUAAGCUCAAAGGCAGAUUUGAAGAUGUGAUCUCUGAUGAGGAGCUGUUGAUUGCGGAGAAGCGCAAGAAGUUGCCACCAUUGAGUCGGGUUUUCAACCUUUCUGACUUUGAGGGUAUCGCCAGAGAAAUACUUCCAACGAGUACCUUUGCCUAUUAUGCUACAGGUGCUUCCGACGAAUUCACCAUUCGCGAAAAUCACUACGCAUACGGCCGUGUUUUCUUUAGACCCAAAGUCUUACAAGACAUAGAAUAUGAUGUUGACACAUCAACCGAGUUUUUGGGAACCAAGGUCAACCUCCCCAUCUACAUCUCAGCAUUUGCAGGCUCCAAAAUGGCACACCCUUUAGCCGAAUUGAAUUUGCAGUCCGCUGCGUAUGAUGCCAAUAUCAUGCAGAUGGUCCCUAAACAAUCGUCCUACAGCAUUGAAGACUUCUUUGAACAUGUUCCAGACAGCCAAAACCACUGGUACCAGUACCACUUUGAUGACCUCCAGCAACUUGAAAACUUUGGAACGUUACUGAAAACACUGGAAACCAAACCUAGCAUCAAGGGUAUCUUCCUCAACGUCGACCUUCGGGAUAUUGGAAAUCGUGAGAAGGAUACGAGGCAAAGAAGUGUAGAUACCACUACGAGCAAAGAACUCUCCAGCAUUGUGACUAAAAACAUGUCUUACGCCAAAUUUACCUGGAAAGAUGUGGAGAAGAUUAUGGCCUCUACGGAUUUACCCAUCUGCUUGAAAGGUGUUCAAAGAGGAGAAGACGUAGUGCUAGCAGCUGAAAAAGGAGUCAAGGCAGUAGUGCUUUCCAACCAUGGUGGACGGCAGCUGGACUUCUCGCGCCCGCCAUUGGAGGUGCUUGCUGAAGCCAGGACCAUGCUCAAGGAAAGAAAUCUCGAGGACAAGAUUGAAAUCUACCUUGAUGGUGGUGUGCGAAGAGGUUCUGAUAUUUUGAAAGCUCUCUGCAUGGGUGCUAAGGGAGUUGGUCUGGGAAGACCCUUCCUGUACGCAAUGGCGGGCUAUGGAGAAGAAGGUGUUAAUCAUUUAAUAGACAUUUUGCAGGGCGAAAUCAAGAACAACAUGAGACUUUUGGGUGUGGAGCGCAUUUCUGAUUUGGAUGAAAGUCUUGUAGACUUCAAGAGCCUGAGCUUUCGCAACCCUAGGGCGAAUGAUGUUCUUUACGAUGAAGGCUACAUGUCGUUACGCUUUCCCGAGUUCAAGUAG